AUGGCAUCGGCCUCCGCAGCAAAGACGCCGCUUCGAGCCGUUGAUGUCUUUGGUCAGCAUGUCGUCCAGCAACUCAAGUCCCUUCGCUCGCGGUUCGACUCCAAGAAUGCUACCCCGCCGCUCUUUGUAGCGAUGCAAGGUCCGCAGGGAUCCGGUAAGACGACCGUCACUCGCUCCCUCGUCCAACACCUUCGAUCGUCAGGUUUGACCGUUGGAGUUCUCUCAACGGACGACCUGUAUCACACACAUCAAAACCUGCGGCGAGUCGCGGCGGAGAACCCAACAAAUCCACUUCUUUCUGGUCGAGGUCAACCAGGUACACACGAUGUCGAGCUCGGCAAACAGAUUCUUGAUCAAGUACACGCGAUCAACGAAGAGUCUGCGAUUGGACAGAAGGAAGUUGUUCGAAUGCCGGUGUUUGACAAGAGCUUGUUCGACGGCGAAGGCGAUCGAGUACCAACCUCCGAAGGUAGCCCCACACUCAACGCUCCUCUGGAUGUCUUCAUCCUCGAAGGCUGGAGCAUGGGAUUUUCUUCAAUACCCCCGUCUCAAGUGGAGGCAAAACAGGAAACGAGUCAUCCCGAAUCACCACUACGACGCUAUACGCUGGACGCACUCCAACAGGUCAACCGCAACCUCGAAGCGUAUGCAGCGUGGUACACUCACUUCAGUGUCUUUCUGCAAAUCAAGCCUACAAACCUGGACAACGUCUAUAUUUGGAGGACGCAGCAGGAGCAUGCGAUGAAGGCAAGUAACGGUGGGAUAGGAAUGUCGGACGAAGGAGUCAAGGCUUUUGUGGACAGGUACAUGCCGGGGUACCACCUGUUUCUGGAUACCAUUCAACAGAAUGAUCAGUGGAAGGGCAGGAGCAAGACCAUCACGAUCGAUCUAGACCGCACCAUCGUAGACGUUCACGAUUGGUAA